AUGGUGACGGGGAUCGGGGGCUCCUUGUUGCGUUUUGUCUUCCUGGCACUGGGGCUUGGCUUCUACCUGAGCAAGAAUGGCACCAAAGCAGAAUCAGCUCCUCCUCUGGCUCCCUCUGCUUGCAAAGAGGAGGCCAAAGAGGAGGAAGAGAGCAGUGAACUUCCCACUGUUCUGGGAGACGAGGGCGAACACCCCGCGGUUUGGGAAUACAACGAUGAGGCUCCCGCGGUGUGUGACAAGGACAGUGGACAUCUCCCGGUGUGGGAUGAGGAUGGUGGAUGUCCCCUGAAGUGGGAUGAGAAUGGCCAAGCUCCCAUGGCAAGUGACGAGGAUGACGGCAAUCUCCCAGUGUGGGAUGAGGACAGAGGACAUCCUGUGGCUUGGGAAGAGGAGGGAGAACAUCUUCCAGCAUGGGAAGUCGACGGAGAACAUCCCGCGGCUUGGAAAGAUGAUGGUGAACAUGCAGCAUUUUGGGAAGAGGACGAGGAGCCUGCACUGCUUUGGGAAGAGGAUGAGGAACCUCCCUCUGCUCCUGAAGAGGACACUGAAGCUCCCUGUGCUGCAGGAUCCUGGGCUGAACAUUCUGACAGCAGCACAGCCCUGCAGCCAGAGGGGAGCGGGGAGUGGAGCCUGAUGCAGCUGGAGGGCUGGUGGCUGCUGUGCUGUUGUUUGAAGGGUGGAUGCACUCGGGUGUUUUGUGAACGCUGCAGGCAGCAGAGAUCUCCUGUCUGGGCUGGCUUUCACUGCCAGGGCCUAAAGCUCUGCUUCUUUCUUCUCUGCUGUUUUGUCUCCAGGGCUUUUGGAACCGUUUCCAAAGGACUCGACAGGGCCACUGGAGGAGAGGUGGCCAUCAAGAAAAUGAGUCUCAGAGGGCAGAACAGGGAACGAGCUGUGAAUGAGGUCGUGGUCCUGAAGGACAAGAAGAACCCCAACAUUGUCAACUCUUUGGACAGCUUCCUUGUUGAUGGAGAUCUCUGGCUGGUGAUGGAAUACAUGGAUGGAGGAACUUUGCAGGACGUUGUCAGACAGACACGCAUGGCUGAAGGAGAGAUGGCAGCUGUCAGUCAGGAGUGUCUGCAGGGCCUGGAUUUCCUCCAUUCCAUCCGGGUGAUCCACAGAGAUCUGAAGAGCUCCAACAUCCUUCUGGGAAUGGACGGCUCUGUCAAGCUGGCUGAUUUUGGCCUCUGUGCUCAGCUCAGCCCUGAGCAGGACCAGUGCAGCUCCAUGGUGGGCACUGCUCACUGGAUGGCCCCAGAAGUUGUGACCAGUUUUCCUUACGGCCCCAAGGUGGACAUCUGGUCCUCUGGCAUUGUGACCAUCGAGAUGGUGGAAGGAGAACCUCCUUACUUCCAGCAAACGGGGGCCAUGGCUCGCGCUCUGAUCCGGCAGAACGGGACCCCGCAGCUGCAGGAGCCCAGGCGCCUGUCGGCUCUGCUGCGGGACUUCCUCGAGUGCAGCCUGGAGCCGGACGAGGAGCGGCGCUACUCUGCCCAGGAGCUGCUGCAGCACCCAUUUUUGUCAUCAGCCAAGCCUCUCUCCAGCCUGACCCCUCUGAUCACUGCAGCAAAGCAACUGAGGGAGCAGAGGAGGAGAUGAAGCACAGGAGGACAG